CCGGGGGGAAACGAGAGGGCGGCGGCCUGGCGGAUGCUGCGGUCUGCGAUCUCGGGAGAGCGUGGCCGCUCGCCGCCCGGCUGCGCCUCGCUCUCCGAUGACCACCGUCCUGCUCCCAGCCCCUCGCCCUCUGGCUGAGCCUGCGGCCAGACGCCGGGCGCCCCUCGGCUAGCCUCCCACGCCCGGCCACCUCCUCCUCCGCCUUUUCCUCCUCCUCCUCCCCCGCCUCUUCCGUUUUCUGGAGGGAAAGUCUGCAGCCUCCUUCUGGGCUCCGCAUCCCGGCUUAGCUGACGGCCCGGAGGGUGGGUGCCGAUUCCACCAGACGCUGCAACUGAAAAGCCAGGUUCAGAAAUGUCAGGUAUCCUCCGGGAGCUGCUCUGUGUCUCUGAGAGAGCUGCCAACAUUGCCCGGGCGUGCAGGCAGCAGGAAGCCCUCUUCCAGCUGCUGAUAGAAGAAAAGAAAGAGGGAGAAAAGAACAAGAAGUUUGCAGUUGAUUUCAAGACCCUGGCUGAUGUACUGGUACAGGAAGUUAUAAAACAGAAUAUGGAGAACAAGUUUCCAGGCUUGGGAAAAAAAAUUUUUGGAGAAGAAUCCAAUGAGUUUACAAAUGAUUUGGGGGAAAAGAUUAUCAUGAGACUGUGUCCAACAGAGGAGGAAACAGUAGAUCUUCUCAACAAAGUCCUUAAUGGUAACAAGUUGGCAUCUGAAGCAUUAGCCAAGGUUGUACAUCAGGACGUUGUCUUUAGUGACCCAGCUCUGGAUGCAAUAGAGAUCAACAUUCCACAGGACACUUUGGGAGUUUGGGUGGAUCCUAUAGAUUCAACUUAUCAGUAUAUAAAAGGUUCUGCUGACAUUAAAUCCAACCAAGGAAUCUUCCCCAGUGGACUUCAGUGUGUCACUAUUUUAAUUGGUGUCUAUGACAUACAGACAGGGGUGCCCCUGAUGGGAGUCAUCAACCAACCGUUUGUAUCACAAGACCUAAACACCCUCAGGUGGAAAGGACAGUGCUACUGGGGCCUUUCUUACAUGGGGACCAAUAUCCAUUCAUUUCUGCCUCCCGUCUCUACAAGAAACAGCAGUGAAACGCAGAGCCAAGUGACCCAAAACCCCAGCUCUGAGGCAGAAUGCUCCCACCCGUUCUCAGCUGUCAUUAGUACAAGUGAAAAGGAGACCAUCAAGGCCGCACUGUCACGUGUGUGUGGAGAGCGCAUAUUCCGGGCAGCUGGGGCUGGCUACAAGAGCCUCUGUGUUGUCCUGGGCCUUGUUGACAUUUACAUCUUCUCAGAAGAUACCACGUUCAAGUGGGACUCUUGUGCCGCUCACGCCAUCCUCAGGGCCAUGGGUGGGGGAAUGGUGGACUUAAAAGAGUGCUUGGAAAGAAACCCCAACUCGGGGCUUGACUUGCCACAGUUGGUGUACCACGUGGGAAACAGAGGCGCUGCUGGAGUGGACCAGUGGGCCAACAAGGGAGGACUAAUCGCUUACAGAUCAAAGAAGCAGCUGGAGACAUUCCUGAGCCUCCUCCUCCGACACCUUGCCCCUGUGGAUGCACAUACAUAGACGAGCUCCAUCCUCAGGGACUCGAAACCCAACUGUGAACCUAGUUUCCAGAAGACAGCUUUGUCCUAUUGACAGUCAAAGUUCACCUUCCUCUUUUGAGGAACAUUUUUCCAUUAUGUGUUCAUAAUGUUAAUGUCAAUAAAUGACUGAUAUUCGUG